ACGGUUUAUAGCAUUUCGUCGGGGUCACUUCCCCUUACGUCACAAAACCGGAAUCGCCAUAUUUAGACUGCAGUGAUUAAUUUUGAUAAACAUUGACUGAAAGCAAUCGAUUUUAAUAAGAACAGCAAUAUUCCGCAAUGAAGAUAGACUGGAGACCAGUUGUGUUACUGCUAUCCUGUUUAAGUAUUGGUUUGUCACAAAGGACAGGUUCACUCAUUCCAACUUCAAAGAAUCCAUGUAUAGGACAGAAGAUGUGUGGUGAAUGUAUAGCUGUUGGAAAAGACUGUGCAUGGUGUGAAGAACCGACCUAUGAUGCAGAAAACAAAGAAAGAUGUAACUUAUUAAGUGAACAUUCCAACUGUAAACAAGAACACUUAGUCUUCCCACAAAGCAUUUUAGAUAGAACAAAGAACUCAGCACCAAAAGAUGGAACCAAAACAGAUAAUCCUAUCCAGCUACAACCACAGCUUAUCAACCUUAAAAUGAGACCAAAUGACCCCCAGAAAUUUACCUUGAACUUUAGACUUGCCAAUAACUACCCAGUGGACCUGUAUUACUUGAUGGACCUGUCCUACUCCAUGAAGGACGAUAAAGAAAAACUAGCUACAUUGGGAGUUUUAAUAGCUAACGAAAUGAACAACAUUACAGAGAACUUUCGUUUAGGAUUUGGAUCAUUUGUUGACAAAGUAGUGAUGCCAUAUGUUAGUAUGGCACCAAACAAAUCUGCAGGCACAGACAAACCUACAAUCAAUAACCCCUGUGACCAAUGUGAGCCUGCUUAUGGAUUUAAAAACCAGCUGCCAUUGAACGGAGAUCCCAGUCUUUUUCAGACAAAAGUACAAGAGGCUAAAGUGUCAGGAAAUUUAGAUGCACCAGAGGGUGGUUUGGAUGCUGUGAUGCAAGCUAUUGCAUGUGAGAGUCAGAUUGGAUGGAGAAACCCCUCCAGAAGAAUGUUGCUAUAUUCAACAGAUGCUGGUUUUCACUUUGCUGGUGAUGGAAAGCUUGGUGGUAUUAUAAAGCCAAAUGAUGGACAAUGUCAUCUUAGUAAUGGUAUAUACACAGAGAGUUCAACUCAGGAUUAUCCAUCAAUCAGUCAGAUUGCUGCUAAGAUAGAAGAAAAGAAUGUGAACUUGAUUUUUGCCGUAACAGAAAAACAAGUUGAUAUCUACAAGCAGUUGAAGAACUUUAUUCCUGGGUCUGUGACUGGACGUUUAGCUGAUGAUUCAUCUAAUAUUGUAGCUCUUGUUAGAGAUAACUAUCAAAAAAUUACUUCUAAAGUAGAGAUGAGUACCACUUCAGGAGCUGAGGAUGUAAUCAUUAGAUAUUUCUCCAGAUGUAAGAAUAAAACUGGUGAAUUGUCACAAACCAAUAUUUGUGAAGGUCUCAAAGUUGGAGAUUCUGUUAGUUUUGAAGUUGAAAUUGAAGUGAAAGAAUGCCCAAAAGAUUCUCAAGGAUACAGCAAAAAAUUUGAUAUUAAACCAGUUGGUCUGUCAGACAAAUUAGAAGUGAGAAUGGAACUGAUCUGCAAAUGUGAUUGUGAAUCAGAGGAGAAAGCUAGGGACAACAGACAGAGUAAGAACUGUAAUAAUCAUGGGACCUUUGUUUGUGGAACAUGUGCUUGUGAUGACAAAUAUUAUGGGAAAACAUGUGAUUGUUAUACUGGGAAUAUCACUCAGACGGCUCUUGAAGAACAAUGCAAAGAACCUGGUAAAGAGCUGAUAUGUUCUGGACGAGGAGAAUGUGUGUGUGGAAACUGUGAAUGCAAACCAAGACGAGGGAACAGUGAGGAGAGAUACAGUGGAAAAUGGUGUCAGUGUGAUGAUUAUAGUUGUCCAUUCUAUGAUAAUGCAUUGUGUGGAGGUCCUGAACAUGGAACAUGUAGAUGUGGAAACUGUUCCUGUACAUCUAAUUUUACAGGGGAAAACUGUGGCUGUUCUACCAGAAAUGAUUCAUGUAUUUCUUCUGAUGGGAAAACCUUAUGUGGUGGUCCAGAAAGAGGUCAAUGUAAAUGCAAUAGAUGUAUGUGUACAGAAAAAUCUAAAUACCAAGGCACCACUUGUGAGGAUUGUAAGGACUGUAAAAUGGUUUGUCGACAGAACAAGGCAUGUGUACAGUGUUUGGUCCAUCAUACUGGUGAAUUCAAGGAUAGCUGUGAAGAAAAUUGUAGGGAUCGUAACAUUAUAAAGAAACCUUCUUUACCAGAGGGUUUCAACACCUGUGAGUUUAAGGAUGAAGACGACUGUAUAUUUUAUUUCACAUAUGACUAUGAUGGUAAUAAUGAAUUGAAGAUCAUUGCACAGGAAACUAAAGAAUGUCCAACCAAAGUCAAUGUUUUAGCCAUAGUUUUGGGUGUGGUGAUUGGUAUUGUUCUAGUUGGUCUUGCUCUUCUACUCAUAUGGAAAUUAGUCACUACAAUCAAUGACAGGAGAGAAUUGGCUCGAUUUGAAAAGGAGACUAAAGAUGCCAAAUGGGACACCGGUGAGAAUCCAGUAUAUAAACCAGCUACAUCAGAAUAUAAAAAUCCAACAUAUGCUGGAAAGUAAAGAAAAAGACUAUGUAGACAUGAAAUAGACAGGAUGAAUACACUAUUUUUCACUUGUUUGUAAGGUUGAAAAUUAUGUUAGAAUUGAUGCCAUACUGAGUUGUGUAAGCAGUUUCUGUGAUUGUAAUUUUCAUUCAAUUGUAACAGCUAGACACCAGUUCUAGAAUACAUUUGAAACUUUUGUUCAUUCAAAGAUGAUUUUUUUUUAAACACUGUAAAUUCAGAAAUUGAUGCAUGCAUUAAUUAUUAUUGUGAACCCGACAACUGGGGAAAAUUGAAAAUCUUAUAUAUGUGAUUGCAAAAAUUUUUAUUAAGGAAAAUCACAUGAUCACAGCUGAAAUUAUGAAUGCAAGUUUUUAUAAUUGAAAAACUGAUACUGUUUGCCAUAGUUUCUGAAGUUACAAUAUUGCUUAGUGAGCAGACUUUUUUUUAUAUAUAUGUAUGCAAUGCUUUAAGCUUAUUAUGCUAAUAUUAUCAGCAUUAUGUAUUUAUAUAUAUAUGAUAUACAUGAUAUAGGUAUCUAUAACAUUUUGAUGCAAAGUUAUGGAACUGAACAUGUUAAGCAAUAGAAUUAAUAACUUAGAAGACAUUUUAUAUGUAUACACAUUGAUAGAUUUGAAAUACAGUAAUAUUUACAGAGAUAUUGUGGGAAGCCAUUUUUAAUACUACCAUCAAUAUCAUAACAGGAGCAAAUUAUAAGAGCAUACAAAAGUAGAUGUUUUUGGUUUUAAAAGUUCAACAAUCAUGACAAUAUUUUACAAAAUAUCAAUAUAAUAAACAAAAUAAAACUGAAAAUUCCCUUUCUUAAUCACACUUCUGGACUAUUUUGGUGAUUCACAUGAUGAUUUUGUAUAUUAAAAUUUUGAGAAUUGUUAUAUAAUAAGCUUUGAAAUAUGAAAUUUUUCCAAAUUAUUUUCUUGUUUCUUAUCCAGGUAAAACCUAUAAACUUGUUAAGGUUGUCUGAUAAAAAUAAUGUGUGUUAAACAUGUAUACAGUUUUACCACAACAGUGCUGUGUUCAGUAAUGUGGAAUUAUUUUAAACAAAGUGAACAAAGUUUCUAGUAAAAUAUUUGUUACUGUAAAUCCUUUACUAUGAUGAGUAAUCCAAUUGUAUAUUUAUAUGUUUUAUAUAUCUAGUCUUCCAGUAUGUAGAUGUAGUAUUUAUAGUCUGCUGAGUUAUAUAACAUUAUAGAAAUAUUAGGUUUUUGAUUUUUUAUACGACCGCAAAUUUUGAAAAAAAUUUCGUCGUAUAUUGCUAUCACGUUGGCGUCGUUGUCGUCGUCGUCGUCCGAAUACUUUUAGUUUUCGCACUCUAACUUUAGUAAAAGUGAAUAGAAAUCUAUGAAAUUUUAACACAAGGUUUAUGACCAUAAAAGGAAGGCUGGUAUUGAUUUUGGGAGUUUUGGUCCCAACAUUUUAGGAAUUAGGGGCCAAAAAGGGCCCAAAUAAGCAUUUUCUUGGUUUUCGCACUCUAACUUUAGUUUAAGUUAAUAGAAAUCUAUGAAAUUUUUACACAAGGUUUAUGACCACAAAAGAAAGGUUGGGAUUGAUUUUGGGAGUUUUUGUUUCAACAGUUUAGGAAUUAGGGGCCAAAAAAGGGCCCAAAUAAGCAUUAUUCUUGGUUUUCGCACAAUAACUUUAGUUAAAGUAAAUAGAAAUCAAUGAAAUUUAAACACAAAGUUUAUGACCACAAAAGGAAAGUUGGUAUUGAUUUUGGGAGUUUCGGUCCCAACAGUUUAGGAAUUAGGGGCCAAAAAGGGACCCAAAUAAGCAUUUUUCUUGGUUUUCGCACCAUAGCGUUAGUAUAAGUAAAUAGAAAUCUAUGAAAUUUAAACACAAGGUUUAUGACUAUAAAAGGAAGGUUGGUAUUGAUUUUGGGAGUUUUGGUCCCAACAGUUGAGGAAAAAGGGGCCCAAAGGGUCCAAAAUAAAACUUUGUUUGAUUUCAUCAAAAUUGAAUAAUUGGGGUUCUUUAAUAUGCCGAAUCUAACUGUGUAUGUAGAUUCUUAAUUUUUGGUCCCGUUUUCAAAUUGGUCUACAUUAAGGUCCAAAGGGUCCAAAAUUAAACUUAGUUUGAUUUUAACAAAAAUUGAAACCUUGGGGUUCUUUGAUAUGCUGAAUCUAAAAAUGUACUUAGAUUUUUUAUUAUUGGCCCAGUUUUCAAGUUGGCCCAAAUCGAGGUCCAAAAUUAAACAUUGUUUGAUUUCAUCAAAAAUUGAAUAAUUGGGGUUCUUUGAUAUGCCAAAUCUAACUGUGUAUGUAGAUUCUUAAUUUUUUGUCCAGUUUUAAAAUUGGUCUAAAUUAAAGUGCAAAGGGUCCAAAAUUAAACUAAGUUUGAUUUUAACAAAAAUCAAAUUCUUGGGCCUCUUUGAUAUGCUGAAUCUAAACAUGUACUUAGAUUUUUGAUUAUGGGCCCAGUUUUCAAGUUGGUCCAAAUCAGGAUCUAAAAUUAUUAUAUUAAGUAUUGUGCAAUAGAUAGUCUUUUCAAUUGCACAGUAUUGUGCAAUGGCAAGAAAUAUCUAAUUUCACAAUAUUGUGAAAUACCAAUUUUUUUUUUAAUUAAGAGUUAUCUUUCUUUGUCCAGUAUAGUAAGCAAGAAAUAUCUGCAAGAAUUUUUUUAAUUGGAGUUAUCUUUCUUUGUCCAGAAUCAACUUAAAUCUUUGUUAUAUACAAUAUACAAUGUAUAUUCACUUUUUACUACCAACUGAUAAAUUUAAAUAAUAUUUACCAUUCAGUGAUAACAAGCAGUUUUUUUACAUCUUAAUAUUUUAUGAUGUAUUUAAAUGAGUAGUAAUUGUUGCAAACUCCAUUAGAAUAUUUUAAUUGAAAUUAGUUUUGGAAUAAGGGAAAGGGGGAUGUGAAUAAAAAAAUGGGUUCAAUUUUUCUCAUUUGAAAUUUCAUAAAUAAAAAGAAAAUUUCUUCAAACAUUUUUUUUUGAGAGGAUUAAUAUUCAACAGCAUAGUGAAUUGCUCUAAGAGAAAACAAAAAUUUUAAGUUCAUUUGAAUACAUUAAUUCUGUGUCAGAAACCUAUGCUGUGUCAACUAUUUAAUCACAAUCCAAAUUUAGAGCGGAAUCCAGCUUGAAUGUUGUGUCCAUACUUGCCCCAACUGUUCAGGGUUCAACCUCUGCGGUCGUAUAAAGCUACGCCCUGCGGAGCAUCUGGUUUUAUCACACUACUAUAACCUUCAAAUUUUUCUCUAAUCAAGAGUAGUGCAAUGUCAGAUAUAGUGUAUAUCUUGCAAUAUGGUAAUUUAUUUGCAAAAUAUUAUACUAAUAUAACAUGAUAAUUUCAUCCUAUGUUCUACUAUUGAAUCUCUUCUUAAAUUUGCUGAAAUAAAAGUAAAAUAUGUACUGAUGAAUCCAGCUUUUAUCUUAAAUGAAAUAAUUCUUAUGUACCCAUAUUUCAAUCAUGUAUGCAAGUUUUUUUACAUAACAAAUCAAGAGGUCUUCAAGCAUUUCAAUUUAUUUAAACCGUAAGAUUCUAUAAUCAGUGUAAGGUUAACAAGUUUAAAAGUGGAUAAAAGAUAAGCGAACAGUCCUUAUUUAAUUUGUUUCAUUCAGGAGUCAAGAGUCUUUUUAAAAUACCUUAUAUUCAUAUUUAGUUUUCGCUGUAUUAACUAAAAAUAUGGUAAAUCAUUGUCAAAAUUUAAAUUUACAUAACAAAUUACUGAGUUAAUGAGCUUCUUUUUACAGACACCUAUGGAACAAGUUGUUAGCAAAAAUAAAAUAUCAAUUGACCAAUUAUACGCUUAAUUAAGUUGUGAAUAUGUGCUAAAUUGGAUAGCCAAGUAUAGACUAUGAAAUUAAGUGCUGGGGUAAAAAAACAAGGUUGGAAGUUGUUUUAAUUGAAGUUAGGUAAUAUUUUAUAAAUAUUAAUGUUCUUUUUGUUCACACAGUUAGUGCCUUUGAACCUUAGCAGGAAAGUGUCAUAGUUUUAUUUGUGCCAUUAUAUAUGGAUGUUGUGUACAUGCGUUACACAAUGAAUGCACUUAUUAUGCUUUACAUUUUUUGUUUCUACUAAUAAUUCAAGUUGUUUCUUUUCAUCAUUAUUUUGAAUUCCUUUAUUUAAAUUGAAAAGUAUAAUUUUGCAGUGUUGUGAGAUUUGCAAAAAGGAAAUGUAAAAUGUUCUUUUUGUCUAUUGAAUUUAUGACAAUUGGUUAUUUUUCUGAAACAUUGCUUAAGGAAGCUGGCUUGUCAUGUUUUAGAUUUUUUGUCAGAUUUUCGGAAUCCUCUGGUUUUAUCCAUUUGAAUACCUUGCAAAAAUUUGACCGGUGACCCCCAUAUUUCUUUUUGUAAAUCUUUUACAUGUAUAAUGAUAAGCCAUCUGUAAAAGUCUUAUAAAAUUUUGAAUACUCUUUAACAGUUUUUCAGAACUUCAACUUGUCAAUGAUAAAGCUAUGAAAAGUCAAGAGAGAAUAUUUUCCCGCCAAAAUUUCAAUGGCUAAUACCUCGAAAACAAGCACGGUGACCUAUAUAUUUGUUUGGCUCUUUGGAUUCCUUUAUUAAUUCUCUAUCUAUAUAAACUAGUGUUUUGAAAAGUUAAUUACUUUGAAACUGAGAAGCGAACUCCCUUAAUUGUGUCAGUACAAUAUCCAGAGAAUUAUAUCAUAAACAUCAUGUAUGGUUCCGGUUCCUUGAAUUAUCAUUUAUUAUGAAAGGAAAGAUUAUGUUCCAGUUUUUAUAGUAACUGUUUGAUUUCUUUUACUAAAGAUGUUGUUUGGUUAAUUCUCCUAAGAAGAGAACAAGUCUUGUUGGCCAUUAUUCCUGUAAUCUUUUAUUUCAUAGAUCUUUGUGCAUAUCUUAGAGUUGUGCUUUCUAUGAUAAUCUGCAGUAUGUUCUGCAUAUCUGUUUUAUUACAUUUUAAUUUGUGAAUAUGUCAACUUUGUACAAUUAUUUUAUAACAGUCUUUGAUAGUAUUUUUUAUUUUUUAAUGUUAGGUCAUUUCUGUUUCUUGAAAUUUUCGGUUUGACAAAAGCCAUCUUUUACAAUUCAAAUUUCUUAAUUUCAUUUCAACUAAGGUGGAAAUUUAUUAAGUUAUAAUUAAAAAUAAAAUAAAUACCAUACUAAUGUUUAAAAUUUACUGCAAUUAAAAUGCCAGUCAUAUAAUCAGUAAUUGUUCAAAUUUUCCAAAAUUUUGGUCAUUAAAUCCAAUGGCAGACUUGCUAGGGAGGGGGGUAGGAAAAUUUGUGUCAAAUUGAAAAAGAUGUCUGCCAUUUAAUUGUUUUGUUACUGAUCCUUUAGGCUCUUAUUAAAUGUGAUAAAUAUCGUUCAUUCUAGGCAAAUGAAAAUUAAAUUACUGUAUGGAGAAUCAACUGUAUGGAGUGACCUAAAAAUAGGUUUUUUAUAAAGGUUACGACUUAAUACCCGUAAUUGUAAAUAGUGUAAAUAACAUUUUGAUAUUUUAAUAUACUCUUGUUUAUACGUUAAGAUGUAGAUUAUAUGCAUGUUCUAAUAUUAUUGCUGCCUUAAAGGUUGGUAUAGAUGUACUUUUGCAUUACUGAUAUUUUAUAUUAAUGUUUUUUGAGUAUUUAAGCAUUCACUUUAUUUAAAAAAAAUCUUUUUUAUAAGAUGUUUCUCUCUUUCUUUUGAAAGCUAUGAAAAGCUGCUGAAAAUGUUUGAAAAUUAUUAAAAACAUACUGUUCAAGAAUUAAUAAAGCACCAUAAAGAUGUGGCAUUUAGAAAUAAAAGUAUAUCUAAAGUAAAGUAUGUUUAAAAUAAAUUCAGAAUGUUUGCAUAAGACUCCCACCAAAUCCUUCUUAUUCCACCUCAGUAUUAUUUUUUGGUGUUUUUGUAAAUGUUGAAAUUUCAUAGCAAGUUACUCAAGUGAGAAGUAUCUGACAAUAUUAUUUUGAAUAUGUCCACUGGGAGGAGUACAACAGUUGGAGUAAGGUUAUAUAGCAGAAUAAAAGUAACUCCUUUAAAAUAUUGACUGAAAUUUCGAUAAAAUUUGUUUGCAAGACGUUCAUUUUGAUGUCCAUUUCCAUUGUAAAGUUUAUAUUAAGUUUGCUACAACUAUCAUGAAUUGAGUAUUUCUUGGUCAUCAUUACAAAUAAAUAUAAAAAAUUCUAA